AUGAAGGAGACGCUCUUUGAUCCCAUUUACCGCGGCACAGCAUACCUCCGCAGCAAACUGGGAGGCUUUAGCUGGGGCCCAGCACGCGCAGUCGCGAAGCCUGCGGUGCUAUCUCUUUUCUCAUCCGUCAAAGUCGGUUCGAUAUUGCUCAUUGACGAGCCGGCACACCAGCGCUAUCAUUUCGGUCAGAAGCACAGAAAGAAGUCGAAUUGGAAUAUCCUUGACAAGGCAGCCGGGCAGGCUGAUCUCGCCUGUCCGACCUGCGCUGCCCGCGAGUCCACUACCGUGUCUCAUGUCGAGCUGGUGGUGAAGAGCGAUUCGUUCUGGACCCGUCUCUUUCUCUUCGCCGACAUGGGCUUUGCCGAGGCAUACAUGCUUGGUGAGGUCGAAUGCACUGAUUUGACCGCAUUCUUCAAGCUUUUUAUCCUGAAUCGAGACCGCCUGGGUAACGGAACCACCUGGUCGUCGGUCAUCACUAACGCCGUCUUGCGCCUCGCUCGCUCGACCAACACCAUGUCGAACUCAUUGCUGAACACCUCGUCCCAUUACGACAUCAGUAACGACAUGUUCGCCGCGUUCUUGUCGCCGGACAUGACGUACUCCUGCCCAAUUUGGCAACCGUUGCAGCCUGGAGUUAAAGUGAGAGAGACACUGGAGCAGGCGCAAAUGAAAAAGCUGCACCGAUUCAUUGAGGGAGCCCGGAUCAAGGCCACAGACCAUGUCUUGGAAAUUGGCAGCGGUUGGGGGUCGUUCGCUAUAGAGGCGGUCCGUAUGACCGGCUGCCGCGUCACCACAUUGACGCUGUCCAGGGAGCAGAAGGCUCUUGCGGAGAAGCGCAUCGCAGAGGCGUGGUGCUCGAACCGCAUUCAAGUGCUGCUGGCUGAUUAUAGGGAGCUGCCAGUCCCCGAGACUUUGUACGACAAGAUCAUUUCGAUCGAGAUGCUCGAGGCCGUGGGUCGAGAAUACCUCGGCACCUAUUUUUCUUGUGUGAAUCGACUGUUGAAGAGAGAAGGAGGAAUUGCUAUGUUCCAAUGUAUCACUAUGCCCGAGGGCAGACACGAGGCGUAUUCCAGGACCGAAGAUUUCAUCAAUCACUACAUCUUUCCCGGUGGAUAUCUCCCUUCCAUCACACAGCUGCUGAACCACAUCACUACUGAGUCCAAAGGGACGCUCAUCGUGGAGAAGGUCGAGAAUAUCGGCGGCCACUAUGCCAGAGCCCUGCGGCUGUGGAGGGAGCGAUUUCUAGCCACGUUCAACAGCACCAUUCGACCGGCUCUGAAGAAAGAGCACCCGGACAUGGGAGAAGAGGAGAUCGAGGUGUUCCGGAGAAAGUGGGAGUAUUACUUCUCGUACAGUGAAGCUGGUUUCCUAACCAAGACACUCGGAGAUGUCAUUAUCACUGUUGGCAGAGAAGGCGCCAAAGAAUUGAUGGAGGACAUUCCGGUCUGA